CGGUCUCUACCCACCCUACCCCUCUGCAUGGGUUGUUCUGGGCGUGGGCGGCAGGCCUGGCCUGGGAGGCCCGUGCGCGGGCGAUGGGCAUGGAGGGGCUAUAGCGGAAGGAGGGAGCCCCGCUAGGCCUGGGAGCAAUGUGGUUCCCGGCUAGGGCCUGCAUGGGCAGUCCGGGUGGGCUGAAGGCCACUGGGCCAAAGAGGGCGCCAGGAGUCGCGCAGUGGUAAAAACCCCAGCUCCUGCCGCGGCAGAACAUGCACCGGCCCGGGGCCGCGCACGGGCAGGCCUUGCUGGGUAGAACUGCACCAGCCGGGCCCAGGACUUGCUGGGUAGAACCGCACUGGCCAGGCCCAGCUCUUGCUAGGCUGCAGCGCGCACCGGCUCCGGGCCCAGGCCUUGCUAGGGUAAAAUGCGCACCGGCUCCGGGCCCAGGCCUUGCUAGGCUACUGUGCGCAUCGGGCCGGGCCAGACCUUGGGAAAGUGCAAUGGCGAGCACCGAGUCUGGCCUAGGGGUUGCCAGGCUGCACCUGGACCCGACAGGGCCCAGAUCUUGCUAGGUACUAGACGCAGAGCCUGCAAAGGCCCAAACCUAGAAUUCUAGAAUCUUAGACAAAAGCCUGUGUUAGCCUAACUCGUGCUUAGGUUUAGCCCCUUGUAGCCCCAGGCCAAGUUGGUAUUCUAAGCCUGACCCUGCUGCCCUGAGGCCAGAACCAUAGUAGCCCUUUAUUCAGCCCACCUGCCUUCAUGCCACAACCCCACUGUGUCCUCCUAAAAUCGGUCACCUCUUCCCACAAAGGCCGAGUCAUCAUGGCAGCCACCGAGAUCUCUGUCCCUUCUGAGCAAUUCACCAAAAUCAAAGAUGUGGAGUUAAUGGUGGAAGAAGGCCUGGAGGACAAGGAGGAGGAACACGGAGUGUGUGGGGUGAAGCCUUGUCAGAGGCCUGGACAGCCAGAGGGUGAGUGCACCCGUGGGGCCCUCCAGGGCCAGAUUCUGGAAGGAGAGCUGGAGCUGGUGCCAGUGACUGCAGCAGACAGUGAGAAGCACCUCACCCUGCAGACGGUGCACCUUACUUCCGAAGAUGCCUUGCCCGAGCUGUGCUGGCCGGGCGCAGAGCACCAGGAGCAGGUGCAGACGGCUGUGCCGCAGGCCCCCAGUGAUGGGCUGCUCUCACUGCUGUGGCUUGAGGAGGGGGCCCAGCCUAGACUGCAGCAGUGUGUGGCCAUUAGUAUCCAGGAAGAGCUGAGCUCGCUGCAGGAGCUGGAAGUGAUGCAGUUCCAUGUUCUGGAGGAGAGUAUGGCCGUGGCCAGUGAAGACAGUAAGGUCGCAGUGAGCCUGGCUGAAACCACUGCACUGAUUAAGCUUGAGAAAGAGGAGGUGGCAGACCAGCUGUUGGCUGAAGGAGGAUUCACCGAAGGAACAGAGGAGCAGUUCUUCCUGGUGGAAGCAAGGCCAGGAGAAGAAGGCAGAGAUGGAAUCGUUGUAACGAUUUCAGAUUUGAACGGGAAAGAACCAGGAGGUGAACCUGCAUCUGGUCAAGCAAGUGCAGAAAAAGCCAAUCCUACAAAAAGUCAAAGGAAGACAAAGGGAGCGAAGCGCAUCUUCUGCUGUGAUGUCUGCUCGUUCACCUCGUCCAGAGUCUCCAGUUUCAACCGCCACAUGCAGACUCACACGGGCGAGAAGCCCCACCUGUGCCACCUGUGCCUGAAGGCGUUCCGCACCACGACCCUGCUGCGGAACCACAUCAACACCCACACAGGAACCAGGCCCUUCAAGUGUGGUGACUGCGACAUGGCAUUCGUCACCAGUGGGGAGCUCGUCCGGCACCGGCGGUACAAGCACACUCACGAGAAGCCCUUCAAGUGCUCCAUGUGCAAGUACGCGAGUGUGGAAGCGAGUAAACUGAGGCGCCAUGUGCGCUCUCACACGGGCGAGCGCCCCUUCCAGUGCGGCCUGUGCAGCUACGCCUGCAAGGACACCUACAAGCUGAAGCGGCACAUGAGGACACACUCAGGAGAGAAGCCAUAUGAAUGCCAUGUCUGCCAUGCUCGGUUCACCCAGAGCGGAACCAUGAAGGUACACAUUCUGCAGAAGCACAGCGAGAACGUCCCCAAGUACCAGUGUCCCCACUGUGCCACCGUCAUUGCAAGGAAGAGUGACCUGCGUGUCCACCUGCGUAACCUGCAUGCCCCCAGGACCUCGGGGAUGAAGUGCCGUUACUGCCCUGCUGUCUUCCAUGAGCGCUACACCCUCAUCCAGCACCAGAAAACUCACAAAAACGAGAAGCGGUUCAAGUGUGAGCACUGCGGUUAUGCCUGCAAUCAGGCACGGCACAUGGCGGUUCACGUGCGCACCCACACGGGGGAGAAGCCCUUCACCUGCCUUUCCUGCAGCAAGCACUUUCGGCAGAAGCAGCUGCUGAGCGUCCACUUUAAGAAGAGCCAUGAUUCGAGCUUCAUCCCAGCCGUCCACAAGUGCCCCACGUGCGGCAAGGGCUUUUCCCGCUGGAGUAACAUGCACAGACACGCGGAGAAGUGUGACACGGGGCGUGAGAAGCCAGCCGCUGCAGGGACAGGGAGGCAGCGGCGGAGGACACGGGCAGCCCUCAAGGAAGAAGCUGCCAGCGAGGAGGCCUUCUGGAAGAAGGGAGGACAGUUCCCUGCUGCGACAGUUCCCGCCGGCUCCGAGGAAGGCACGGCCAGAAGCGAGGACCUGGAGGACCUGGAGGAGGACAUGACCUGCGAGAUGAUCCUCGACCUGAUGGACAAGUGACGGGGGGUUCAUCUCCAGACCCUUCCUUCUCAAGUCCAGAUAGACAUCCUUAGCUUCUUCUGUGAAACCAGUUCAUGACAAUGAAGGUCACGUUUUUCCAGAGUUGGGGGCAGUGCUAGGAUUGUUGGCCUGUUUUUAGCUUGGUGUUCCCAAAACAUUGCAAGUAACUUCUAGAGUUAAACCUCCAGUCAGAGGUAACACCUGACACCUGUGAAUUGCCCCGCCUGGUGGCAGUGAGCUGUCAGCGAGUGCGCGGUGACCUGGGAUGUCAGUGUUAGAUCAGCAGGCAGGCGCUGCGGUGCUGGAAAACACCACGUUCGAUGUAGAAACCCAGUGUUCCUAGUGUUAUGACCUUUAAACGUUAGAGACUGGGUCAGCAAGUGGCAUGGUGGUCAAGGCGCUGGACUCCCACGUGGCUCAACGCAACUUGAGUCUUGGACCC